AGAUUUAAGGAGGCAUGUUUUAUCUGAGUGAAAUAGAACACAAACUGAGGUUGCCACCUCAUCUCCUAAACCUUCCACUUAAUGAAGCAAUCAAAGGAGAGCUUGAGGGUCUCUUCGUGGAUAAGGUUAUUGCAAAUUUGGGCCUCAUCAUAUCUAUUUACGAUAUUCGCUCCAUAGAUGAUGGUUUUAUCUAUCCAAGUGAAGGUGCCUCCACAUAUACGGUCAAGUUUAGACUGAUAGUGUUUCGCCCAUUUGUAGGAGAAGUAAUAACUGCUAAACUCAAAGAGUCCAAGGCAGAGGGUUUGCGCUUGUCACUUGGAUUUUUCGAUGACAUUUAUGUACCCGCACCUCUAUUGCCAGAUCCAUCACGUUCUGAGCCUGAUCCUGAAAACAAGAACCAAGUUAGGUGGAUAUGGAAGUUUGAUGAACUAGAUUAUCCUAUUGAUGGCGUAGAUGAGAUUAGGUUCCAAGUCCAUAAUGUUAGUUAUCCAUCAAUGCCUCUUGAGCAAGAUAAAGAUUCAAAGCCAUUUGCACCAAUGGUCAUAAAGGGAUCUCUUGAUGCUGAUGGUCUAGGACCAAUUUCAUGGUGGAUAUAGCAGAAUUGUUGUAUAAUCUUGACUAAGGAACUAUCUAUACAACUAUAUUUUUUGUUGAUAGAGAGAAAAACAGUGACUGUAAUUUUGACAUCAUGAGGAGAGCAGCAAAAUGAGCUGGAAAAGCCAUUUUCAAGUAGUGUUCGAUUGAUU